AUGAUUCAUAACAGAAACAAGAAAAUAAAGAUACCCACUAAGUAUUGUAAACUGGCCAAUAUUAAAGAAGAAAUUAAAGGGAAGACAAAUUCUAAGCAGAUUAAUAAUAAAACUAAAAAGGAGAAAUAUACCUCUGAAAAAGAAUUUGAAUCAGAAUCUGAAAAUAACAUAGAGGGUGAAUGUGACAGUACUGAAGUAGAAGCUAUAUACCUAAGUGAAGAAAAAGAAAUUAAAGAUUUUAAUUUAGAACCAGUAACAGAUUCACAAGAAGUUCAAUUUAGGACCAUGAUGACAAAAUACAAGAGUACCUUUAUGGAUGAAUCUG